CGGUAAUGGUGGUUCGUGAAUCACUCAAAUCAUUACAGUGAGAGCCGAGAGGGAAGACAAAAGGUGGAGAGCGGAAGAACACGUAAAGCGAGAAGUUUGGAGGAGUGGGAAUGGCUUCCCAUCUCUCCCCUAUCCAACCUCCAACAGUUUCAAGCCUUUCUCUCCCGAGGAAUCACCACCACCACCACUACCCACCUAGGACCUCCAAUGUGAAGUCAGUGAGGCUUAAAUUGCGAUCCAGUUUGGAAGAUGAGAGCCACCCGCCGACGAAUGCGGGAGAUUCAUCUGAACCUUUAAAGAAGAAGGGAGCACAACCAAUAAUCACAAGACGGUUGUGUCUUACAUGUGUAUGUACGACUCUCGCUUUGAUAAACAUUUCAAAUGGUUCUAUUGCUGCAUCAGAGGCAAUUGCUUUGGAAGGGAAAGAAAGACCUGCAUGUCGGAAUUGUGGGGGCAGUGGUGCCAUAAUAUGUGAUAUGUGUGGUGGUACAGGAAAAUGGAAGGCUCUCAACCGGAAACGAGCAAAAGAUGUUUAUGAGUUCACAGAGUGUCCAAAUUGUUAUGGUAGGGGGAAACUUGUAUGCCCAGUUUGUCUGGGAACAGGUUUACCCAAUAACAAGGGUCUUCUUCGGAGGCCUGAUGCACGGCAGUUGCUUGAUAAAAUGUACAAUGGCCGCCUGCUGCCACGCACUUGAGCAUUAUCUUUGACAGUACAUGUAAUUAGAGGUUCAGCUG